UCAGACAUUGAUCAAGACCUUGCUCGCCCAGAGGCUGUUACGGCGGGCCACCGCCGUCCGCUGCAGCAGCGGCGCGAACUGGUUGGCAGCCCCCACAUGCUGCGGAGCGGCCAUGGGCGCGGGCAUCGGCACCGGCAUGCUCACGGGAGCGUCGAUCGUCAUGCCGGGGAGUGGCUGGGUGCCGUCGUGCAAAAUGUCCAUCAUGUCCGUCAGGGGCGGCGGUGUGAGUGAGAAGGUGGCGGACUCCUGCAGCGUCGGCAUCACCACGGGCACCUGGGGCGCGUGUUGCAGCGAGGCGAGGGGGAGUCCGGUCUGUGGGUGCCUGGGCACGAAGCCGCCGUCGGGGUUGAAGACGGGAGGUGGGAUGGAUGGAGUGGUGUUGGUCGGGGGCAGCACGGGCAGCAUGUGGUCCAUCGGCGUCUGCUGCUGCUGCUGGUCGGUCACCACCCUGCCGCCACCGACGCCGCCCAUCAUCAGGGCCGGGAAGGCCUCCCGCCCCUCUGCGGCAUGGUCCUGUCUCGGCGAUGAGUGUUGCGAGCCCAUGGGCUCGUCGAAGGUGCCCAUGCCCAUACCCAUGCCGAUGGUCUGGAUGGGCUGGACCAUGACCGGCGAGGGCGAGGGAGUCGGCGUGAGUGUGGGUGCGGGUGUGGGGCAGUAGCCGAAGGGCGACGCGCAGGGGGUGGGGCAGCUGCCGGUGAAGCUGUCGGGGGGCGGGAUGAUGCUGGCAAGAGGUGUGUGGUUGAGCGUGUGGGUGCGCCACAGGUAGGUCAGCACGGCGCUGUGGGCGUCGUUGCGCACAAACUCGAGUAUGCCAAACGCUGAACGAUGCACAACACAUGCGUGUUGCCUUUCGUGUGUGUGUGUGUGUGUGUGUGUGCAGCUGACCGUUCCGGUCCGCUGCGAGGUUUCCCAGCAUCUCAACCGCGGGCCUGUCACUCGCAUGGAUCCAGCUCUUGGACAGGGCCACCUGGACGUGUCGCAGCGCCUCUUCGGGCUUGAUAGGCCAGAACAACGGGUGAGCAGACACCUGCACCAACACAUACCGCACCACACAGCACCGAUCGACCACGUUCCCCCCAUCCUCCCCUCCUCUGUAUCUGUGCGUGUCUAUCUAUCUGUGUACCUGCUGCAUGGUGGGUCGGCUGUUGGCGUCGUGGUGGAGGAGGGAUGCGACCAAAGUCUUGAACAGCGAUUGGGGAGGGCACGCACCGCCCACGAAGGCCGGCUCGUACUCCCAGCCGUUGUUGAGAGUGUCCAUCCUGUGAGCAUCACCCACACAACCACACGCACACAGACAUACACGUGCACACGAGCGGCUUCCUCCUUGUCCUUUGGCUCACUUGGGGCAGAUGGUCUGGGGAUUGGUGGUGUCGUUGCCGAAGGGAUGCUCGCCGCCGUUCACGAGGUAAUGCAGACACGCACCUACAGCCAGCCAUACACACACCAUACACACAAGGGACAGACAUCCAUUCUCUCCCUCUCCCUGAGUCACUCGCUACUGACCUGCAGACCACACAUCGGCCGUCUUGAAGAACUCUGCCGGCAGCUUGCCGUCAUAUUGCAGCACGAUCUCGGGUGGCGCGUGUCGGUGGGGGUCCGCGGCGUAUUCGGCCAGCUCAAACAGCAUCGUGCGCACCUCGGGCGCCAUCCAUCUGAUCAACGGGGACUGACGCAGCUGAACACACACCCACCCACACGCACACACACAUACACAGACAGAAAGAGAGAGAGCGGUUGGUGAGAGGACCUGCUGUGUUGUGUGUGUUGUGCAGGUUACGGCUUUGAUGGUAUUGAUGGCGAGCUCGAGUGCGCUGUGUCCGCCGCCCGUCUUAAGGGCCCUCACGGCCAUGUUGAGGACAACGAGAUUGCCAUCGAAUCCCAACUGAAACAAAGGCAGAGACAGGCAACACACACAAAGAAGGUGUCACUUGGCGAUGGGUAUUGUGCUGUGUCUGUGCCACCAAUUGAUACCCACUGGCUGACCGUGGGUAUGUUGUUGGUGACGCAGAGGCACUGGGGCGAGAGGGCCGUGUGGGCCCAGCCCUGCUCGUGCAGACCCGCCACCGACUCGACGAACCCGUUCAGCACACGCAACACUACACACACACACACACACACACAUGCAUCCCCAAUCUCUCUCUCUCUCUCUCUCUCUCCUGUCAGUGCCCCACGACUCACUCACCGUUGAUGCUGGCGCUCAGCCCACUUGUGCCCAUCCAGCCCUCCUGCAGCCCUCGGAGCAUCGCGUCGUUGCCCAGCAGCAGGUGGUCAAACCGCGCCGUGACGAUGUCCAGGACGGGUGCAGGCGGGCCCAUGGAGGCGUGUGGGUGUCCUCCGUUGAGCAGGCCCAUCCAGUGGACGCCCUGCAGCCCGCCCCACUGGAUGUGGGUGAGGCUGCCGCUGUGGGUAAUGGGUGUGGCUGUCUGGAAGAACGGGCUGGCGAGGUCUUGGUGGCAAUCGAUGACCCACUCGUAGGGCUGGUUGUGCUCCAGGGAGAAAUGCUGGCACACAAACACAGGUACACACGAAGGGAGGGAGAGAUACACCGAUUGCGAGCGGGCAUGCAGCCGCUUUCUCUCUCUCUCUCUCUCUCUGUCUUUCUCUCUGUGCGUGUGUGUGUGUGUGUUGUGUGGGGGUACCUGAAUCAUGACGGGCACGAUGAAUUGCCUGUUGCCGUUCACACGGCACUCCAUGUUGCCGCUGAACAGACUGCAGAAGAUGGGACUCUCGUAGACCUGACAGACACUACGCAACGGACACACGACACAGUGCAUGUGUGUACCUGUCCGGAUGUGUUGUGCGCAUGCAGUGUUGACAGCCCAACCCACCGGGAGAGGCGAGCUGGUGAUGCGCACCGUCCUCUUGCCGUCGAGCGCCACGGCCAUCGGGGCGGACGACCCGGGCCAGCCGCCCACACCCUGAGUGCCUCUGCCCGACACAUACGACCUGACACACACACACACACACACACACGUGUCCCUUCCUCCCUCCCUCCCUCCCUCUCUCUGUCUCUCUCCCACCACACCCACCUGUUGCUGCCGUUGGAUGCUGCGUGGUUUCUGCGGUCGCGAGGCACGGUGUGGUGGCUCCCUCCCAAUUCCAGCGACAGGAAUCUGUCGUCGUACACCACCGGCAGAAUCGCCUUCACCGCCGAGCGGUCAUGGACGUUGAUCUCUGCGCAGACGCAGCAAACAGAACGGUCGGUGUGGUCGAUGGCCGUGUCUGUCUGAGUGUGUGUUGUCGUGCUUGUUUACGCAGGUAGUCGUUGAGCUCAUCAGUUGAUGUCGUCGAACGGCGCUCGGCGUCGGAGUGGUCUGCGUAGAAUGCAGGUCAGGAUUGACGGAUGGAUUGAAAGAGCCAUCUGUGCGUUUUGCCGUGUGUGUGUGUGUGUGUGUGCUUACAGCAGGGGCAGCAGCCGGGCGGGCACUGGCCGGGCUCAUAGGGGCACGGGAUCUGCUUGUACACCUGACCCAAAUGCGCACACACAGAGGGAGAGAGACAACUGCCCGUGCGUGUAAUUGGGCCGGUGAGUCUGCCUGUGUGUCUGUGUGUCUGUGUGUGUGCGAGCGACAAGGGGGUGGUAGAACUGCUCCUCCUACAAAGACACAGACAGACCCACACACAACACAAGAGGAGAACAUGCACGUGUGUGUGGGUGGGUGGGUGUGUGUGUUCGUGCCCCCACGCCCACCGCACCCACCCGUGAGUGGCUGAAGUCACACUGGCGCCAUCUGCAGGCCCUUGCAGGCACACCAACACACAGACAGCAAUGUACAAGCCACUGUCUGCGCGUGUGUAUAUGCGUGUAUAUAGGCAAGCGAGUGGCUGGUUGGGUGGCGUACCUCUGGCAGCUUCUCUCCGUGAUGACGUCGACGUCAUACUGGUGGGACCUGCCAUCAUCGUCCUUCCUCCAGCGGGACUGCCGCGUGAUGGUGAUGUGGGGGCACAACUUCGGCUUGUAGGCAUACUAAUGAUGGAUGUAUCGAUAACACACACACACACACACAAACAAUCAUACCCACACACAGGUGAGUGAAUGCACUCGUUGGCCUGCUCACCUUGUGCUGGUGGUGCUGGUGGUGGCGUGGUGUGCGGUAGAAGUGCCGGUCCUGCUGUGCCGUGACUUCCGUCGGACGACGCAGCCAGUCCGGGCAGUGAGAGAACUUGCACCUGGAGCCGCACACACCACACAACACCACACAGCACAGCACGGUAGCUACGACUCUUGAUUGUGUCUCCCUCCUUUGUCGUGUGUGCGUGUUGGCUGCCUCUCUGCCCCUCCCUCCCUCCCUCCCUCCCUCCCUCUCUCCCCUCCAAUGCAGGUGCUCUCUGCUGCCUACCGGGCGCCGUAUUCGCAGACGUUCUUGUAGCAAAGGGCGCACUUGGCCAUGUGGUGCUCCUUGCAUAGGUUAGUGUUCCAAAUCUGCUUGAGGCUUUCGCCUGACGCACACACGCCACACAACACAGGUCAGCCAACGCACGCGAACACACACACACACACACACGCGAGACACAGCACACCUACCCCUCCCCUCCUCUCGCUUGUUGCCCUCUGUCCCCCUCUCUGUCUGUGUGCAGCAGCGUGUGUCUGACUCACAUGGCCAUCUGCGAAACUUGGACAGCUGCUCCUCUGUGAGCGUCGUGGAGCACCCACACCUCACACGAGGCGAGGUGCCCGGUUUCCACGUCGGUCCUCGCAU